CGCUCACUGGUCAUGGCUUAGCGUCGCGCCUCUCGCGUCUCCAAGCUUGUCCUCGUUCGUCCCUCGCAGCAGAAGUUACAACCGAGCAAGACCAACUCGAGCGGUGUUCCCGUCCCUUCGCUUCCUUCCUCGCCAACAACUCGAGCCUUGGACCGUUAGAAGGAUGAAAAUGGAAGCAUAGAGAAUAUACACAUAUCUACACUUCAAAAUGUGUAAUUUGCCGCCAAAUUUGUUCUCGCAGCGGCAUUUCUGUGCGAAUUCUUUUGGAGUGGCUGUUCUUAUUUAUUUAUUCUAGAGCAUGAUCAGCUGCGGUUACAUACAAUGCAAGAAAUCAAGGUUGAUGCUUAGGACAUACAACAGGUGUCCAACAGAUCAGAUUAUCAAUAGGCUGCAAGAUGGAAGCUUGUGCAGAAUGCUCAAGGAAUUGUGUAAUUCUUCAUGGAAAGAAUAAAAACGCAUCACCUAAUGUUAGCUCCUUUUUCAAGGUCAUGAUUGGCAGUCAAUUUUCUGAGCUAUUGUACAUUCCUCCAAAAUUUGCUCCCACGGUUUCAGGACUACUUAAUCAAAGUAUCUGUCUGGAGGAUUCAGGUGGGAGGCAAUGGGAAGUGACAUUGUCCAUGGUUGAUGGAUCUUUGGCAUUCCAGAGAGGUUGGAAUGCUUUUUCGUGCGACCAUGGUUUAGAAGUUGGAUAUUUUCUGUUGUUCUAUUACCUGGGUUCCCACUUCAGAGUCGACAUAUAUGAUCGGACUGGAUGCAGAAAACUAGAUUUUCCAGAAAAUAGGACCAGUAAGAAAAGAACUAGGAGUAUUAGAAAUUCUCUGGAUGACCCCACCAGUGACAAGAGUUCAAGUGAGAGUGCUUCAGUUGUGUCUGGGGCAUCAGCUGAGCUAGAUCAAAGCCAUUGCAGAACAAAUGUGGAAGAAGCAGUGAAACAGGUGGCAUCGGUGCGUCUAAAGAGUUGUCGAAAAAGUCAACCUCUAUCCAACACGGUCUAUGCUGAAGAAUUGAGCUAUAUGAUGAAUAGAGACAUUGAGAACAGAGAGGGAGAAGAGGCGCGACCUGCAUUUGACUUGUUUGGUUUCGAAAUGAAAAACAACAAACCCUGUGCUGGUGGAAAUCCCUGUAUCAUGGAUGGGAUUGGACCUUCUUCUGCUGGAGCCGUUAUAUCACAAUUAUGUCACGAUGAAGCUGGAUUAGCUGAUAAAGACCCAAUUUUGGAUUCUGUCAACAAUUGGACAUGUGAGGAAACAAAUCAACACAUCAGGAAACUUGAGAAAAGUGGAAACUCAGAAGGGAUAGAUAAACAAGAGACUCUCUUGAAUAACUGCACGAAUGAAGUGUUGCCAAUUGUCAAAGGAGAGCUGGUGGAGAUGAAUGAAGAUAAUAAUUGUAAAGUUAAAAGGCCAAGGAUUAUUAAACAAGAGCAAGUGGAAAUCUGUGGAAAAGAGCCAAUUGUUAAGGCAGAGUAUGGUGGGGGUACUGCUUUAAUUGCAAGUGAUGGACAACUAGGAGAGGGUGAAGCUAUCAAUGCAAUGGCUUCUUCAGUACAUAUGGCUGCCGAUACCUCCUAUUCAGUCAAAGUUGUGACGGACUGCCAUUCUCAUCUAGAGUUGCCUGCUGACCUGCCAUCGUCAUUUUUUAAGGGAACUUCUUCAAGAGACCGCAAAGUUGUGCUUCUCAAGGAUCCAUCUAAGAGAAUGUGGCCAGUCCUUUACCACGAGAGAUCGGGACUAAGAUCACUAACGUCCGGGUGGGACGGCUUUCGCAAGGCGAAUGGCAUCCAGCAGGGAGAUGAGUGUGUUUUUCAACUCAAAUUCAUGUCCAGCUCCCAGUCUCUGUAUGAAGUCUCCAUCGCCAGGGCAAACAAGCUUGCCCCAGGCCAAGAAUUCAAGAAUUGUAUGACCGGUAUCCUAGCUAACUAGACUGUACCAUCUUAUUCUCAGUUGGGCUUCUUCCCAGCCUUGAAACCCCUAACUGCCAUGACUGAAAGAACUAGAAUGCUCAACCUUGUUGUAAAUGAUCUGAUUAGCUUUUGCGUUGCUUGAA